GUGUAAUUAAAAGAGGUUCACGACAAGAAGAAAAAAACAUCUAAUUACAAGAACAAGAGCAUAACAUGAAAGAGGAGUUUGUUCGAAGAGAUGCUGAGAGAUGUUUGUCUACUCUGCUGAAUUCCUCAAGCUCUCCUCUCUAACACUGCAACCUAAACUUUGAUUGACAACAAAGGCAAAACCUGUAACAUCGGUUACCAAUGAAUCCAUUUGAACUCUAUGAAUGUAUAUAAUAUGGGGAACAUAAUACACAGUAAGGAAUGGUUUACCAUUCUAGAUUUCACUGCUUUCUUUUGUUUCCUUGGGAUGAUUCAACAACCCUCUCACCAACAGUACUACUGGAUCCAGAGUUAGGUUCAUUCCCUAGAGCAAGUGAACCUGCAGGCAUCUCCUCUCCUGCUUUCUGCUUAUUUAUGUGACUCUCUCAUCUGCUGCAUUUAGGAAACUUCCCUUUGUCUUCAGUUCCCAUCUUCGAAGAAGCUGGCGAUUCUCGUCCUUCCAUAUGCUUUGCCGCCAACAUAUCAAGCGGCCUAUGAAAGAGAAAAUGAGCCACAGUUCUGUCUGUGGGAUUGAUCACUGUUUUUGUGUCUAGCAUCCCACCAUAUAUGUAAGAACAAAAAACGAAGAGUUAGCUCUGUAAACCACAAUACCACAUACUGAUCUUGAUGAUGAAAUUUGUCUAAAACGUAAUCACGUAACAAAUAAUUAUGACGGCACAUAAAAGAGCGUUAAUGCAUAUGCUUGCAGCUUCCAGAUGGUUCUUGCUGCGGAAAAUGAUUCAUUUUAGAAGAAGAGACGUGGGCUAAUGCAGAUAAAUCAUUUCUCCUAGCACACACCCAUCAAUCUUAGUUCUAUAUAAGCUAUGAAUUGUGUCAUAAAUUAACAAAACUAUAUGCAUGUUGCACCGAUCUAGGUACACAACAUUUAUAUACCAUAUUGAUUAGUAUGCAUCACCUAUAUCUGGAUUUUUCUUUAGGAAUAGCACUCCUGGUCAUCCUGGCUAGUCUUAUCACUAGUGUGAUGUCUCUGACCUGCGUUAUUAGCCAACCGGAAUAAGCUAUCUCGUAUACAAGUCUUUGUUCCUAUAUCUAACUGCAGGUCAAUAUAAAGUAGUUAAUCCCAACAUAAAGGUCACCUACAAGGCUACAAUAUAUUGUAGUAUUAUAGAGCUUCAUCUUUUUAUAACAUAACAACCAACCAACCAUUUGAGUACCUUUGCUACAACAUCUCGAAGCCGAUAAAAAACUGAGAAUUCUGAUGAAUUAUCAACAGCAGCAGAAAAGUUGCCAGAAUCACCUAGUUCGAGAGAUGAAUUAGGAUCAAAGGAAGGAAUUAACCCUUCAAGAUUAGCUUUUUCGACAAGUUGGAGUGGAUUAUCUUGACAACAGUUCUGAUAAUGUAUUGAUCUGCUAUAGGAACCUGAUGGCAAAAUUGCUGUUGUUGUCUCUGAAUGGCAAGCACUGCCUGCAUUUGCUGUCUGCGUCUAAGUUUUUCUAGUUUUUCAUGUGGCAUCAUUGUUGAAGGUCGUGCAGAGGCAUCUUUAUUAGACAUAUUUAGACUAAAUAAAAUUCUUUUAUUAUUGUAGUUUCCACUACAUCAGUUGGUAUCAGAAUCAGAUUUUAUGAUAAUCUACCAAAUAUUUAUCAUAUUCACCAAUCCGAGCAAUCAGUUUUAGUUUGUAUAACUGAAACUUGAAUCUCUCGUAAACAUAUCAUUUCCCAAAACCUGAACCAUAGUUAAAUUAAGAUUGCAAUGUAUUGCAUUAAAAUAAUGAAAUUUAAUAUUAUUCAAACAUAAUUUUAAAAAAAUCUAAUGUUUUGAAUUUUUUAUUUGAUAAAUAAUUUAAUUUCUUUCUGUUAUUUAAAAUUUUUAGGUUGUAACUUUUAAUAAUUUAGUCUAUUUUAGUAGAGUUCUUAUUUAAAAAUAAAAUAAGAUCUCAAAUUUUAUAGUUUCAGAUGAGUUUAAUUUAACAAAAAAAUCAUUUCAAAUACCUGAUUCAAUUAAAUUAUUUAAAAACUUUAAAAAUGACUUCAAAUUAUAAGUUCAAAAUGCCCCUUAGAUUCAUUUCUAUUUUUGGCAACCAUAUACAAGCAAUAAUUGAGUUAAUAAGUUAAAAAGAAGAAAAUAUAAUUUAAUGUGUAUUAAAAAAAUUAAAACACUUAGGGGGUUAUUGGAACAUGAAUUUUUGUGGAAUUUGAUUAUUCUAAUAGUUGAAAGAAUUUUUCAAGUUAACUAGAUUUACAUAUAUUUCAUUAAUUGUAUACAAAAUUUUAUUGAUUAUUAUUAAUUUUUAAAGUAAGAAAUUGAUAGUGUGGUAAGAGAAAGGGAAAGUGAAUUUUUUCAAUUAUUUUGUUCUCAGCAAAUUAUGGCAAGAGCCUAGAUUUCUGAGUUUUCAAGACUUUUGAUAAUGACAUUUUUUUUGUUACACAUCUCAAAUAGUUUUGUAGCUUUGUUUAUUUAUUAACAAAUAUAUAUUAUGCUAUUAGUGGUUGAUUAGUAGUUUAUGAUCUACCAAUUUUUAUUUUUUGUAAUUUAUUUUGUUUUAGAGUCAUACAUGUAAAAUUACAGAAAAAAACUGAAUUCGUGUUUAUCGAUUAUAUUAAAAUUUGUGAUUUGUAUUGUUUCAUUAUUUAAUUUUGUAUGUUUUUGUAUGUGAGUGUAUUUUAUUACAUAGAUUUCAAAAAUAUUAUGUAUAUAUAUGAUAUUUUCAAACUUGAACCUUAUGAGUAAAAACAAAGAAAUUUUAACAUCUCAAUAACAAUAUAUUUUAAUAAAAUUUUAAAAUCUUGAAAACUAAAAAAAUUCAAUAACAAAUUGAGUGGAACUUGAAAAUCGAAUCAGAUUUUUAAAAUUCAUAAACCAAUAACAACGAAAUCUAAAUCUAAUUUUUUUGAUAAUUUUUCUAUAAUUAUUUUACCAAUAACCCUUUUAAUGUUAUGCAUCAUUUUGUAGUCAUUUUAGAACAUUUUUAUCUCCUUAUGUAAUGGGGUUUCUACCCAAAAAGUAGUGGAUGGGCCCCAUCAAACAUAAACUACGGUUCCUUCUAUAUGCAAAAUAAAGCAUCAUUUUUCUUUGUUUCUUGUACUAUUUGCGGACUCUACUGACAUUUGACAGCCUUUUAUUUAUUUUAUUUUAUUUUUUUAAUUAGACAAAAAAAAAGAACUCCAAUGUUGGGUUUAAGGUUAAAGAUGCCCUUACAUGAUACAAAAUUUAUGUGUGUUUAGAAAAUGAAAUAUGAAUUUAGGGUAAAUUUAGUUUAAGUGUGCUAAAUUUGUUAGUAAAAAAGUGUGAUAAAAGUGGAAAGUGUUUAGUAUCUAUAAGCGUAAUUAUCUCUACCUAUGCGAUAUUGGUCGAUGGUCAAUAAAAAUCGAGGCAAAAGCGGCGUGGAGGCAUUACGUUACAUGCAGAAAGGCCACGUAAUGCGACUCUGUUCUGUUCUCACAUAGCAGCGAGAGAAGAACAGAGAAAAGACGAGAGAUGACGCCAGAGAGCUUGAUAGCGUCGGCGUCGAUCAACAUAGGACUCGCCAUCCUCGCACUCUGGCUCUUCUCCGUGCUUAAGAAGCAGCCACGCAACGCCGUCAUCUACUACGCUCGCCUCCUCUCCGAUCGCCACCGCGCUGAGCUUCCUCUCCACUCUUCCUUCUCCCUCCCUCGCUUCCUUCCUUCCGUCGCUUGGAUCCCACGAGCUUUCCGUGUCCCUGAGGACGACAUCCUCCGCCGCCAUGGCCUCGACGCUCUCGUCCUCAUGAGGCUCUUCAAAUUCGGAAUCAAAUUCUUCAUGUUGUGUUCGUUACUUGGAGUAGCACUGCUUCUUCCUGUUGAUUAUUACAGUGAGUCAGAUUUGCCUACGAGAAAGGAGUACUCGAUGGAUGCUUUCACUAUAUCAAAUAUCACUAGAGGUUCUAACAAGUUGUGGGUGCAUUUCUCAUGCUUGUGGUUCAUAUCAUUCUAUGCGUUGUUUUUGUUGUAUAAGGAAUACAAAGAGAUUCUUGUGAAAAGGCUUCAGCAAAUGAGAGAACUAAGUCAUCGUGCUGAUCAGUUCACUGUUCUUGUCCGGCAAGUUCCAGUCUGCCCUGAGCAUAACACUCGUAGCUGCGGUGUUGACCACUUCUUCUCUAAACAUCAUCCUUUCAGUUAUCAUUCACAUCAGAUGUUGUAUGAUGGGAGAGAUAUUGAAUACCUUUUGGGGAAGCAGAAGAAGCUUAAGAAAGAGCUAGAAGAAAAUAGAAACACAGAUGAACAUAAACAUAUAUCAAUUUCUGAAGAAAAGUUUCGAGAAUUUGCUCAUAAGGUUUCCCAACUUCAAAGUGAGGCUAUGCUCAGAGAGAAGGAGUUACCUGUUGCGUUUGUCACCUUCAAAUCACGAAGAAGUGCUGCACUGGUAGCUCAAACGCAGCAGCACUCAAACCCUCUAGAACUGAUCACUGAAAUGGCUCCUGAACCAAGAGAUGUGUCAUGGAGAAAUCUUGCUAUCCCUCAACAGAUAUUGCCUCUCAACAAAAUCGGAGUCAUCCUUGCAGCAGCGGCACUUACAAUUUUCUUUGCUAUUCCAGUCACAGCUGUCCAGGGAAUAGCAAAGUAUGAGAAGCUUAAGAAAUGGUUUCCUCCAGCCAUGGCUGUUGAAUUCAUACCAGGGCUCAGCUCGGUUGUGACGGGGUACCUCCCAAGCGCAAUACUCAAAGGUUUCAUGUACAUUGUCCCCUAUGCUAUGCUUGGAAUGGCUUAUCUCGGUGGUUCUAUCUCCAAGAGCAAAGAGGAGAUAAAAGCUUGCAAUAUGGUCUUUUAUUUUCUAAUGGGGAAUGUUUUCUUCUUGAGUGUCAUAUCUGGUUCAUUACUAGAUGAAAUUGGUGAAUACUUCACUCAUCCUAGAGACAUUCCUAGUCACCUUGCUGCUGCCGUUUCAGCCCAGGGAGAAUUUUUUAUGACAUACAUCUUAACUGAUGGGCUGUCUGGAUUCUCUUUGGAGAUUCUUCAACUGGGGCUGAUAACAUUUGAUAUCAUAAGAUCAUGCACUUAUGGAAGAGCAAAAGAGAACAACACUUAUCUCUUUUCGUUUCCAUAUUUUAGGGUUAUCCCCACAGUGUCCUUAUCGAUAUUGAUUGGUAUGAUAUAUGCUGUGGUAGCACCAUUGAUGCUCCCUUUCCUAGUUGGCUAUUUUUGCCUUGGAUACAUUGUCUACUUCAACCAGAUGGAAGAUGUGUACGAGAUGACAUAUGAUACUUGUGGUUGCUUCUGGCCAAUCAUUCAUCACUAUAUCUUUGUAUCAAUUAUACUUAUGCAAGUCACCAUGGUGGGCCUCUUUGGGCUAAAGUCAAAGCCAUCUGCAGCUAUAGCUACUGUACCUCUCAUAUUGAUCACUAUAGCUUACAACGAGUACUGCAAGAUCCGCUUCCUCCCAUCAUUUAAACAUUUCCCAAUACAGAAAGAAUCUAUGUUGUUGCUUGGUGUAGACGGCAGGUGAAAUAGAUGAAGUAGAUGAAAAGAACGGGGAGAUUGAAGCACAUUAUGUUGAUGCUGCAAAAGCUUAUAACCGGCAUCAACCUUGUUUAGAGCGUGUAAGCUUAGCGGAAUCACCAAGGAACUUGAACCAACCGUUGCUUGGGACAGACUCCAUUUGAAAAGCGAAAAGGUGAUGAAUUGGUUUGAAACUUUUGUCUUCUUAGUAUUAUAAAUAGAUGAUGGAUGGGAUGUUGUGGGGUUUUUAAGCUUAUCCACGUACGUCCUCAUGUGUUGCACUUAUAUAAUGGUUACAAGUACAUAGAGGGAUGAAGAAUGGUGAAUGUUAUUUUGUGAAUGGUUUAGAAUGAA